AUGUUAUCGCCACCUCCAUUGCCGGAAAUUGUCCUCACAGCCUCUCCUGAAGGUCCGUUCACCGCCUACGAUCCAUACACUGGAAAUGUUGUCGGUCGCUUCAAUGACGACCGGUGUCCUCGUAACGGCAUCUGCAUUCUCGGAAACGACCUAUUCGCCGCCUCUCAUGUCUCGCCGGAGACUCGUGCAGGCUAUCUCCGCAUCUAUUACUGGUGGUCAACAUCUUGUACACAGAGUGUUCCUCUUCCAGAACCUGUAGCUCCGCUUGUUGCUUCCGUCGACGGAUCGUAUGUAUUUUCCGGCGGAAUUUCAGGUCAGAUCUAUUCGGUAUCGGUGCAUUCAGGAGAUGUAAUUAGGUCAUUUCCGGUUCAUGAGAAGCCUGUAUCUUGCCUUGCGAUCAAUUGUGAUGGAUCAUUGAUUCUCUCAGGAAGUGAUGAUGGAACAAUUGCUAUUCUUCCGGUUUUCCUGCUUCUAGAUGCUUCGUUUGAUACAGAAUCGAGAUAUUCCCGUUUCACUAGAUUCACCGGACAUGAGUCACCGGUGACGGGAUUAACCACCGGGGUGGGAAGAUCCGGUGGAUUUAUGAUCUCUAGUUCCUUGGACCGUACGUGUAAGGUGUGGAGCCUCGUGAACGGGAUCCAUCUACAAACGGUGAGAUUCCCCAACGAGGUGUGGUGCAUGGUGUUGGAUCCGUCGGAGACGGAGUUGUUCGCUGCGGGUGUAGAUGGAAUGAUAUACAAAAGAAGGCUUAAAGUAGAGACGAGAAAGAAGGUUGCAGAAAGUGGAAAGACGGUGGUGUGUGGCGGGAUGCACGGCGGAGGAGUGGUGGCGAUGGAAAUGCUGAGUUACGGGAGGAUUCUUUUAACGGUUUCUGAAAAUGGUGAACUUUGUCUCUGGGAGGUGGAGAGUGGUAAGAUGAUACGUGGAUUCGGUGAGAAGAUUGGAGGAGUUAGUGGAGUUGUGGUGGCGAAAGGUGGUGGUGGUUUUGGAAAGAGAUGGGUUGGAAGUGGGGAAUGCGGUGGUUAUGGCGGAGGGAAGGAGUUGGGUAAGGCGGUGAAGGAGGUGGCGGAAAUAGAGAAAGUGUUGAAAGGGGCUGUGGAAGACCGGAGCAGGGCGAUUAGUAAACUUGAGUCAGCAAUUGAGAUUAACGACAAGAUGUUGAAACUCAUGCUCCGGGAGGCCAAAGCAAUUGCCAAAUAUAACGACUCCAAUGAUAACUAG